ACGCGCGUCAGUGCGCUCACGACGUUCGAACCGUGUGCAUGUGUGUCGAGAAAAAAAAUAAAAUCGCGCGGUAAAUUUGACAUUUGAUGACUUUGACGUUACCGAAAAUCUUCUGAUUUAAGUUACGAAACAACUUAAAUACAGUGUCAGUGCUUCAAACUCGAUUCGAUAUGUAUAAAAAAAAUGUGUGUGCCGUGCGUGUGUCCAUGGUGACUUUAACGGUUCAGUGAAAAUUAUUGAAAACGACUAUCUCUGGGACAUGAUAUAAUAUAGAGCAAAUAUGGAGAGUAGAGUGGGUCUGGACUAUAUCGUGGAGCACGCUGAAUAUGCUGGGAAACUUGCAGCUGCUCUCACAUCGCCCACUGCCGCUGUUAAAAAACAAGUUUUCGAACUCCUGUCAGCUCUGUGCGUUUAUAACGCUGAUGGCUACGCAAGAGCCGUGGACACUCUCGUCAGAUACAAGGUUCUCAAAGGUGACCGUUACCGCCUCAGUGUGGUGGUAGAGGAACUGAAGAACGCUACCACCAUCGAUUACAAGACCGCACUCGUGGCAUUCAUCAACUGUCUCAUCAUCUCCGCCCCUCGCUUACCGGAUAGGAUUCGAGUGAGGAAUGAGUUUAUUGGACUUGGACUGCUUCCAACACUUAGUAACCUAAGGCAUGAAGCUGCCAGUCAUCCAAACCUUGGCGUGCAACUCGAUGUUUUCGAGGAGCAGAGAGAGAGCGAUGAGGCGCAAGGCCCCGGUGGUAUCAACCUUAACUCACAUUUGGAUGUUUUUUACGCUAUAUUAAAACAGGUAUCAGACACACCCCAAGAGAUUCCAUUCUUGAGCAUACUCCAGCACUUACUUCGAAUAGACCCCAAAGAGCCAGUCAGUGAUAUAGUUUGGGAUACAGCUGAAACAUUAGUCCACAGAGCAACACUUCUAGAAACGAGGGAAGAUGCUGCGAAACUCCUGCGAGCGCCAAGUGUCCAGGCUAAAAUGGGCUGCACUUGUCAACAUAGAGAUAUGGCAGGAUCGAACCGUAAGCAAAGCUUGCAAAGAGCGUUAUCACCACCACCACCACCGCCACCGCCGGCCCCUGCGCCGCCACCUGCUAUACCUCCACCGUUACCACCAGCUCCACCAGCUCCUCCAGCCCCACCGAUACCGCGCGGUGCACCCCCUCCACCGCCACCAGCAGCCCUCUCACCGCCACCACCCCCAGCGCAAAACAUCAAGUUACCACAACAAGAGAUACCACUACCGAAGACAAAGAUGAAGACCAUAAAUUGGAACAAGAUACCAAAUAACAAAAUUAUUGGCCAAAACAAUAUUUGGUCAAUCGUAGCGUCGAGUCACAAGCAUUCACCAAAGUCGGAACUAGACUGGAGCGAAAUUGAAGGACUAUUCUGCCAGCAGGUACAACCUCCAGGUUCCGCCGGAUCAUCCCCACGUCUCGGGCGAAGUCCUAUAUGUGACAGUUCCGGGGAAAGGAAGCCGAGGAAAGAACCUUCUGAAAUCACACUUUUGGAUGGAAAGCGUAGCUUGAAUGUCAAUAUAUUCUUGAAGCAGUUUAGAAGUUCCAACGAAGAUAUCAUACAAUUAAUCCGCGAGGGGUCUCACGAUGAUAUCGGUACCGAAAAAUUGCGUGGUCUUCUCAAAAUUCUACCCGAAAUUGACGAAUGCGAAAUGCUGAAAGCUUUCACCGGUGACGUCACGAAGUUGGGCAAUGCUGAGAAAUUCCUUCUGCAACUCAUCCAGCUGCCCAAUUACAAAUUAAGAAUCGAGUGUAUGCUUCUAAAGGAAGAAUGGUCAUCUACCGCUGGAUAUUUGGAAAGCGCUAUCAAUGCCAUCCUGGUAGCUGGAGACGAUCUUAUGUCUUCCAGAGCUAUACAGGAAGUACUUUACAUAGCUCUAAUAGCUGGUAACUUCCUGAACGCCGGUGGAUACGCGGGCGGUGCUGCGGGAGUUAAGCUAUCUUCCCUGCAGAAACUCUCGGACAUUCGCGCAAACAAACCUGGCAUGAACUUGAUGCACUAUGUCGCUUUGCAAGCGGAACGCAAAAACAAGGAGCUGAUACACUUCGCUGACGAUAUAAGAGUUUUAGAAGAAGCGUCUAAAGCAAGCGUCGAACAGCUCCACAAUGAGAUCAACACACUCGCUCAGAGGAUCAGCAAUCUCAAGAGAGACAUACAAUCAACUCAUCAAGAUAUUAAGGAUCAAAUGGGAGACUUUUUGCAGGUCGCAGAAAGGGAGGUAUCAGCUUUAAACAAGGACAUGGAAGAAGUCGAGAGCAUGAGGAAGCAACUCGCAGAGUUCUUCUGCGAAGAUCCCGUCUCCUUCAAGCUCGAGGAGUGUUUCAAGAUAUUUGUGACGUUCUGCAGCAAGUUCCGCUCGGCGGUCAACGACAACGAGCGGAGGCGGGCGCACGAGGAGCAGGCCGCCGCGCGGCGCCGCGCCAGGGACCUGGCCGCCGGCAGCGCCGCCGGCAGCGCCGCCGGCAGCGCCGCCAGGGCGCGCGCAGGAGGAAGUGUGUGUAGCACCCCAGCAUCAGAUUGUGAAUCUCUAAUGGAGUCACUUCUUCUGGACAUACGCAAUGGUCUCAGUAGAAGAUCUUUGAGGAAACCCCAUGAUUUAUCACCGUCACCGGAUGUUACUCCAACCGGAAGCUUAAGAAGACGAAGCAGGGCGAGUCCGGGUGACGACGAGGACGGUCUACUCGAGUUCCUACGGCAUUCUUCACCUGCGGCUAAUGAGAUGCGCGAGCGGAACGCCUGGGGAAGCUUGGACCGCUCGUGGUCGCGGCGCGCGCCGGUGCGCGCUCGCCUGGAGCUGCCCGAGCGCGAGCGCGCGCCCUCCCCGCGCGCCUCGCCGCCCGCCUCGCCCGCCGCGCCCGACGCGCCCGACGCGCCCGACGCCGGCCCCAAGGAGUGGCGACAGAAGAUCGAGUCGUGGUUGCGCGCCAGCAGCGAGGAGGAGCGUCGCGCGCGGCCCGCGCACCCGCGCCGCGCGCACGCACACGCGCGCGCCUCGGAAAACGACUCCGAGAGCGAACGUAGCGCGGCGCUGGACACGCUGGCGGAGUCUCGUGCGGAGUGGCGCCCCGCCGUGCCGACCGACACCGACCUCGUGCGGGCCAUCGAAGCCGUCGAGGACGUCCAACCAAAAACGAAAGAUAACAGGUUGCCGUGGAGAAAAACGGAAGAAAACGAAGAGAUGAGACGACUGAGAAGACAGAGAUCACGCCAGCAAGUGGAUUCCCCUCAGCUACUAGUAUCAAUAACCGAGGAGGAAAAACGAAAACUACCCGACAUAACUGUUACCAGUGCUAAAGAGACUAAAGCUGCGAAAUCUGAUAGAGUCGAAAUUGAUUCUGACAAUAUAGAAACACCACCAGUACAAAGGAAAAUGUUCCAACCUCCUCCAGAAAGGGAACCAUGUCGAAAAUACCAACCGUUUGUUUCGAAUUCUAGUGCUAACGAUAAAGCUACGACUGAAAUGAAAGAUUUGUGUCAAGAAAUUUUGGGAGAUGGACAAUUCGAUAGAUUUUCUGCAGCUAGACGAACGAGAAGAUAUAAACGUAAUGCAGAAUUGAGUUCGCCAGAAGAAGAAAAGAAACAAGAGAGUCAACCAGAAUUAGUUGCAGAAACACAAGUAAUGAGACCGUCUAAAUUAGAGAUUCAAGCUUCGUAUCCAGUUGACUCUCCAAAAGAAAUAACCGUAGCCAAGCCUGUGGAAGAAACGGUCAAAGAAGAUAAAGAUUUUAGAUUAAAACGUUGGCAGGACAGAUUAAAAAGUCAAAGCGUAGGAGGCGCAGAGAAGAUGCCAACCAAAGAUAACAAAUCGGUACCCUACUCGAGAAUGAGGAGACAAACUUCGAUCAACCAAGAGGAUGUUCAAAAAGCCAUCCGAGAAUUAAAAUCUCCAACUCAAACACCAACAGGGGUGUGGUCAAGGAACGCGUAUAGAAAAUCUAUGAAUGCAAAGUUGGAAAAAGUGCCCUCCACGACGGAAAGGACAACGUCACCUCGAAUCCCCAAAGUUAAAAGCGAACACGAAUUAAACGACGAAGGAUUCGAAGAAACGCAAAGCCUUAAUUCGGAAAGUGCGUCACAAGGGGCGUCGUCCGGAUGUAACAUGGACUGCGAAUCUCCAAUUCCGAAAAAAGUUACAGAAAUUCCAAAGAAAAUUUCUACCAAAGAGACACGGACGCCACCUCGGACACCCUUAGAUCCGAAACGUGGUCUACCAAAACGAGCCAGCUCUUUAAGAGUUGAACGAUCUACGUCUCGUGCGUCAUUAAGAAGUUCUCGAAGUUCUUUGAAUAGUUCUGCGUCAGUGGCAACUGUGAAAAGGGCACCUUCAUCUUCAGUCAAAACCACCCCUAAGCCGAUUCCAAAGCCAGUUUCCAGGAUGCCUGCAUCACGGUCCUCAUCAAGUGGAAGUUCAGUAGGCAUCUCGAGACCGCCCGUUAAAACAACUAACAGAACUUCUGGAUUUAUGAGACCGACCCAAGCCUCCAAAGGCAGAGGAACAUCUCUUCAACCUGGCUUAAAACCUUUUGUUAAAUAAAACCAAAUAUUGGAAUGAGAGAAUUUUUCGGCGCGUAAUCUACCAUAAUUUAAACAUAUAAAAAAUAUUUGUGAUUAUUUUUAAGUUGUACCAGUAUAAAAGUUUAUAAAUGAGAUAGUAUUAAUGUAAGAAAUAACAAUUUAAUGAAAAAAAUAAAUUAUUGGAAUCUUCAGAUAAAUCAGAUAAAUAAGGUGCUCGAAUCUCAAAAUAUUAUCUGAAGUUUUCAAUGACUGAGUUUUGUUUUAAGUCUAACGUCUAGAUCUGUUUAGAAAUGGAAAAAAAAACAUCGGUCUGGUUUAUCGUUUCGGCCCGUACGUUACUUUUGACGUCAUUUAUAAGUUUUUUUUUUUUAAUAUUAAUAAAAAAAAUAUCCAAAUGAGAAAACAAAUAAUUUUACGUUUUGUAAUUAUUGUGCCACGAUUUGUACGGGUAAUUUAAUCUUUUUAAUGUUAGUUU